GUUUCACCGGUGGGAGGCGCCUGAUUAGAAUUUUCUCACAGGUGAGAUGCAUAAAACAGGUAAGAUGAGGAUCGACGCCACUUCUGCUUCGUUUGUCAUUGGCGUUGAGGUAUCCACAGCUCUGUAAAAUGGGUUCCAAACUCGAGAGUGCAAUGGAGGGGCUAAUUCGAGUGUUCCACUCAUACUCUUCAAAAGAAGGGGACAAGUACAAGCUGAGCAAAGUUGAGCUGAAGAAUCUGUUACAGGGGGAGCUGAGUGACUUCCUGGCGGCAAGUAAGGACCCUAUGGUAGUAGAGAAGAUCAUGAGUGAUCUGGAUGAAAACAAAGAUGGUGAAGUGGACUUUCAGGAGUUUGUCAUCUUGGUUGCUGCGCUGACCGUGGCCUGUAACGAGUUCUUUGUAGAGAGCCUGAAUGAAUGAGUUUGGAAACAGUCUGUGACCUCUGUUCAACUUGUUAAUAAAACAUGUAUGCUUUAAUUUAAAAAAAUAAUUUUUGACAAACCCACAAUGGUUUCAAUAUUGUCACAUAAUGGUUAUUUCUAACAGGCUCUUUUGACUUUUGUAAAAUGAUUGCCGCUGUUGAAUCCUGCAAUGAACUGACCACUUUCAGUGUACUGUCAUUGCACUAGUAGUUAACAUUCUGCUCAGAUCAAUAAAGGUGAUUGCUGUCUAAAUAUGUU